UUGAUCUAAGCUACUCAGUUAAUUUCUGCGUAAUCGCACUAACUUGUUUUUAUAAACUUUAUUUUUUUGUUUCUGGAUACAAAUCAUCGUAAAAUGCAAGCACUAAGAAAUAUGUUUCGGCCGUGGUCAUCUGAUGCCAGACUUGACGGUAAAACUGUUAUAAUAACUGGAGCUAAUACUGGAAUUGGCAAAGAGACAGCCAUUGACCUGGCAAAGAGAGGAGCACGGAUCAUUAUGGCAUGCCGAGAUCUGGAGAAAGCAGAUGCAGCCCUGAAGGAAGUUAAGGAUGCUUCAGGAAGCCAGGAUGUUGUUACCAACAGACUUGACCUGGCAGAUUCCAAAUCAAUCAGAGAAUUUGCAGAAAAAAUCAAUAAAGAGGAGAAACAAGUCAACAUCUUAAUCAAUAACGCUGGUGUGAUGGUUUGUCCUUACGGAAAGACAGCAGAUGGUUUCGAAAUGCAAAUAGGGGUGAACCACAUGGGUCACUUCCUGUUGACAUACCUGUUAUUGGAUUUAAUUAAAAGAUCAACGCCAGCAAGGAUUAUUAAUAUCUCGUCAAUGGCACACCAAUGGGGGACCAUCAACCUGGAGGACAUCAACAGUGAGAAGAACUAUGAUAAAAACAAAGCCUACAGCCAGAGCAAGCUGGCAAACAUUCUGUUCACUCGCUCGUUGGCCAAAAGACUAGAAGGUACUGGAUUAACGGCGUAUGCUCUCCAUCCUGGUGUGGUUCAGACUGAACUGUGGAGGCACUUGAAUAAAGCUCAGCAAGCCGCCAUGUGGUUGGCAAAGCCCUUCACCAAAACAUCUGUGCAGGGAGCUCAGACCACCAUCUACUGCGCCGUGGCCCCUGAACUGGAGACAGAGAGCGGCAAAUAUUACAGUGACUGUGCACCUGCUAAAUGCUCCCGGGCUGCCAUGGAUGAUGAGACGGCCCAGCGCCUCUGGGAACUCAGCUGUAAGAUCCUCAGCAUCACGUGGGAAUGAAAACCCAACUCUCUUCCUGAUGACUUCAAGUUUUAUUGCAGUCUGCCUGAGAUUGGCCCAUCUGUCAAAAUCAGAAAUACCACUAGUUUAUAUUAACAUAAUAUCAAGAUGAGAACUGGCUUGAAAGACUACCAAAUAUAAUCAAAUAUGAUGGGCUUUACAUUAUGUAAAAUUUAAAACGUAUAUUUUGUAGUUUUUGGUCUCAGGUUGCUUAUAUAUAAUAAUUAAGGUACAUAUUUAUGCACUAAAAGAUGUAUUAGAUGCCAUAUUCAGGCGGUUGAAAAUGCAGAAAGAAUAUGUGAAUAUAUUUAAUA